AUGUCGCACCAAGUCAGACCCUUCAAGAUUGCCGUUCCAGACGCGGCCCUCGAGCGUCUGCGUAGCAAGCUGGCCGCCGCCACAUUUCCAGCCGAGGCCGGCUUCUCCGACGACUGGAACGCCGGCGCGCCGCUCCGGGACGUCCAGCGCCUGGCCGAGCACUGGCGGGACGGCUUCGACUGGCGCGCGCACGAGGCACGGCUCAACAAGGCGCUGCCGCAGUUUACGACGCCCAUCGCCGUCGACGGCGGCUUCGGCGAGCUCGAGCUUCACUUUGUCCAUCGGAGGAGCAGUCGCGAGGACAGCAUCCCGCUUUUGUUCUGCCAUGGCUGGCCGGGAAGCUUUCUCGAAGUCAUCAAGAUCCUCCCGCUGCUCGCCGAGCCCAAGGACGGCGGCCCCUCGUUCCAUGUCGUCGCUCCGUCGCUGCCCAACUUUGGGUUCUCCGAGGCCGUCACCAAGAGGGGCUUCGGCCUCGCGCAGUACGCAGAGUGCCUCCACAGGCUCAUGUUGAAGCUGGGUUACCAUCAGUACGUCACGCAAGGGGGCGACUUUGGCUUUUUCAUCACCCGCAUGAUCGGGCUGCGGUACCCCGAGCACUGCCUCGCCUCGCACGUCAACAUGCUCGUCGUCAGGCCGUCCCUCCCCGGGGCCUUGUGGCUCGGCAUCCGGCACGCCCUUGGCUGGACCUCGGCCCUCGAACGUGCCGGUCUGUCUCGCUCGUGGCACCACCUUCUGGAAGGGUCCGGAUACUCGGUGCUGCAGGCCACCAAGCCGGCCACCCCGGGCCUCGCCCUGGCCGACUCGCCCGUCGCCCUGCUGGCCUGGGUCUACGAGAAGCUCCAUCACUGGACCGACGAGUACCCCUGGACCGACGACGACGCCUUGACCUGGGUCUCCGUCUACCAAUUCUCCACCGCCGGCCCGGCCGCGAGCCUGCGCAUCUACUACGAGUUAAGCCACGGCUCGCGCGAGCAGAUUGGCAAGGUCAUUGGCUACGUUCCGAGGGUGCCUCUGGGCAUCUCUCGGUUCCCCAAGGACCUCUUGGUGCUGCCCAAGGCCUGGGGGUCGUUGUCGGGUCCCGUCGUCUUCGACGCGGAGCACACCGAGGGCGGCCACUUUGCGGCAUAUGAGUGCCCGGACGUGCUUGUCGCGGACCUGAGAAGCAUGUUUAGCAGCAGAGGCGGUGCGAAUGAUGUUGCAAGGCGAUUUGAUGCCGUCUGA